CUGAAAGGACUCAGUUAGUUAUAAAUUAUAUUAUAUGAAAACUAUAUUUCCUUAAUUUAAUGCAUUGAUACUCGGUUUUAUCUGUUGGAAAUACUGUAUUUGGACAAAUAUAUAAUUCACUCACCCCUCCAUAAAGGUGUUGGACCAUCCUCGACCGGUAAACGUUUGAGAAUGGAAGAACCACCAAAGCAUAGACCACGAUGCUUCUUCGAUGUUGAUAUUGAUGGAGAAAAAGUUGGCCGCAUAGUUUUUGAACUGUACUCUGAUAUCACUCCCAAAACAUGUGAAAACUUUCGAGCACUUUGUACAGGAGAAAGUGGAGUGAGUGAGAAGAGUGACCUGCCCCUCCACUUCAAUGGCGCCCCCUUCCACCGUAUUGUCAAGGACUUUAUGAUCCAGGGUGGGGACUUCACCAAAGGUGAUGGAACUGGCGGUGAAUCCAUUUAUGGAGGCCAGUUUGCUGAUGAGAACUUCAUUGAAAAGCAUACUAAGGAUUUUCUGUUGUCUAUGGCCAACAGGGGUAAAGAUACAAAUGGUUCACAGUUCUUUAUAACCACAAAGCCGGCUCCACACUUAGAUGGGAAACAUGUGGUGUUUGGCCAAGUGGUCAGUGGACAGGAACACGUCAAACGGAUUGAGAACCUGGAGACAGACAAGAAAAACCGCCCCACCGUCCCCGUGACCAUCGCAAACUGUGGGGAGCUCGUGCUGCAGAUGAAAGCUAAAGCAAAAAAGAAGAGGAAAGCUGAGGAAUCCGAGGAUGAAUCAUCCGAGAGCGCAAGUGACGCAAGCUCUGAGUCUAGUGACUCCGAUGACGAAAAGAAGAAAAAGAAAAAGAAGAAAAAAGAUAAAAAGAAGAGCAAAAAGAAAAAGAAGGACAAGAAAAAGAAGAAAAAGAAGGAAUCAAGUUCGGAGGACGAGGGAGAGGUGAAGGAUGAAGCUGAGCCGGCAACAGUGUUUGGUAACAUCAGGCCUGAAGAGAUUCCGGAUGUCCCGCAGAACAAGUUCCUCUCUAGGGACAGGAAAGAGGAAGAAGCCCAAAAGGAAGAAGCAAGGAAAGAAAAGCCAAGGACCAGGAUCCGAUAUACGGCAGACGGGCAGAAAAUAAAGGGACGGGGCUCUGUGCGUUACAGGAGAAGUCAGACCCCGCCACAUUGGCGUCAGGAGGAAAGUAGAGUUACACACAGCCAAAACACUGGCCAGAAUGAGCCCCAGUGGGCGCAUGACAGGAGUGGGGGCAAAGACCAAGAAGAUCAAGGUGGGAGGGAACAGAGAGAGGGAGGUGGAAGAGAGGCAGAACGAGGGGGAAGGGGCCGAAGGGAUGAUGAGCCCAGAGGGGGUAGGGCGCACAUGGAUGAUGAGCCCAGAGGGGGCCGGGCGCACAUGGAUGAUGAGCCAAAAAGGGGCCGGGCGCGUAUGGACGAUGAACCUAGAGGUGGGCGUGGCCAGAGAGAUGAAGAGAGAAGUGGGCGUGGCAGCAGGGAUGGUGGGAGAAUGGACAGGGAGGAGGGUCGUGCCGAGAGGGAAGAGUUGAGGCGGGAAAGACGGGGUCGUGAGGACAAGGAGUUGGAGACGAGAAGGGAUAGGAGGAGGAUGAAGGAUGAAGAUGACAGUGAAGAGGAAGUGAAAAAGGUCUCCAAAAAAUCAAGGAGUGAUAGCAAAGGGGCCCACAUGGAUAGACCUGAUGAAGGCAGUGACAAGGAGGUCACAGAUUUACGUAACAAGAUCCGGAAGCAGAGACGGUCGUCCGGACAACAGUCGCCCCCAGCAAGGAGGCGGAGACAACCAUCCACCUCAGAGGAGGGAGAGGUGUCGGACAAGGCACGUAAAUCUGAAGAUUCCGAUGAAUCUGAUUCUGAAACAGAAAAAUUACGAAGAGCUGCACUAGCAUCUAGAGCUAAGCAUCUGAGAGAAGAGAUUGCCAAAGAAGAAAGAAGGGCUAAAGCUAAGAAGGGCAGAGGUGACUCAAGUGACGAUGAGUCAUCAAAGUCUUCGGAAGAGGAGCAGCGGACAGUUAUGGUAAAGAGAAAGAAGAAACCAACUAAAAGUGAAAGCUCCUCAGAAGAUGAUGUACCAGUUAGGAGAGUGUCUGUUACUGUCACAGAAACAAGCAAAAAGAGCAAGAAAAAAGAUUCACCGCCUCCGAAGGCGAAAAAGAGGGAUUCCUUGUCAGAAUCACCCAAGAGAAGGAGGCCGUCCCUGGAAAAGAGUAAGCGCAAUAAAGAAAAGUCCCCUGUAAGGAAAAGGUCACCCUCCCGGUCCCCUGUAAGAUCUAGGAGACAAAGAUCAAGGUCACCGGUAAGGAGACGAAGGUCAAGGUCAGAUUCUCCCAAAAGAAAGUCAAGGUCACCAAGAAAAAAAUCUAGGUCACCAAGGAGGUCGCCGAGGAGGUCACCUAGGAGAUCACCAAAAAGAUCUAGAUCCCCAAGACGAUCAAGGUCACGGAACCACAGGCGAAGGUCAAGGUCAGUUUCCCGAGACAGAAGGAGGAAAGGAAAGUCAUCAAGUUCAUCUAGCAGUAGAUCGGGAUCAAGGUCACGCAGAAGAAAGGGACCUUCAGACAAGUAUGGGUUCCGGCGUCGAUCGUCCAGUAAUUCAUCUGGGUCGAGGUCAAGAGAUAGACGUCGCAGGGACCGUGGCAUUGAUAAGAAAAAAAUGGAGGAGGCUGCGAGGAUUGCUCGUCUGCAGUCGGAGAGUCCCCCACCCACUCACUGGAGGCCGGGAAUGAAGCCACUUAAGAAAUCAGGGGACGGGGACCAGGAUAAAAGCGAGAAGGCAGUUAUCCCCCCUGUUGCCCCGUACCUAGGUGGCGCCACUGUUGGGGCCGGGGACGCUGACAUGUACCCAGUGCUUACCGAGUCACCAGAGAUGGACAUCUCCGACAUUGCCAUGCCUGGUGCUCAAACCGAACUGAAAUCCGAUGUCCUCCCUUCGAAAAUCCAGUACCACUUGGACGACCCUAAUGUCACAGCCAGGCCCAUUAAGGCUGCGGAGAAGAGCAAGAGCAAGCCUAAGAGGUCACGGUCAUUGAGUAGUGACAGUUCAAGGUCAUCAAGCUCGUCGAGUUCAAGAUCAAGGUCACAAGAUAAGAGUGAAGGGGAAAAUGAGGAGGAAAAGAAGGAAAAGGAGAAAAAGAAAAUUGAGGAGCGCAUCAAGUGGCAGCCCCCUCCAGAGCCAGAGGUCCAAAGCCCAGACUCUCCCAGGGUUAAUAUACCACUUCCCUCAACUGAUGUAGAUGAGACCAGCAGGUCGUCCCUGAAGACUCCCCCACUGCCCAAAACUAGUGAAGUGGUGGAGGCAGUGUCAGAAUUAGCCAGGAAAAAGAGACGUUGGGACAGUUCCGAGCCAGUGAAGAAAGUUGAGUCUGCACCAGUGGCUCUAGUGGACAGUUACAAUCCUGAUUCUCCUACACGGGAUGAUUCACCACCCCCUCCACCACCACCACCACCGCCUGCUGACAAUCAAGCCCCACCCCUCCCUGUGGGCGAUCUUCCUCCCCUGCCUGGGAAUAGUGAGCACCCCGCUGUACCCGUAAAGAAGGAUAGUUCUAUUCAUAUAAAGAAGGAAAUAUCCAGUGAUGUUUCUGAUAUAAAGCCAGUUAUCUCACCGGAGAAAAAGGUGUCAUCAGUGUUUGAAACCAGCCCAGUGGGCUCCAAAGGUCAAAUAGGGGUCGUCAAGCCAAUGUCUAUUCUUCCAAAGGUGAUUAGUGCUGAAAUUCCUGCAGUGGAGAUAAAAAAAGAAGCUGAGUCAUCUCCAGAAAAAGCUGCAGAGAAGAGCAAACAGGAACCGCUGCCAUCGUCAUCAAAGUCAGCUGAUAAGCCUAAGUCAAAAAGGGCAAGGUCAAGGUCGGGGUCAAAGUCGAGGGAUAAAAAUUCAUCAACCUCCAGAAGGAAAUCGCCAGAGGCUAAAUCAAGGAGGAAAGCCUCUCCUUCUCCUAGAAGAGGUAGGAGGAAGUCUGGUUCAAGGUCACCUAGAAGACGGUCAAGGUCGAUUCGAAGAUGGCGGUCACGAUCUUCAAGGUCAAGAUCAGCCAGGUCACCCCGAAGACGACGAAGGUCUUCAACAAGGUCAAGGUCAACUAGGCGACCUUCCCCUGUGCCUCCCCGACGCAGGUCACGGUCACCACGGAGACGAAGGACACGCUCGCCCAGGAGGUCAAGAUCUAGGUCAAGGUCACGAAGAUCACUUAGGAGAUCCAGCAGCAGAACACGACGAGGAAAGCGAAGGUCAAGGUCACCCGUUAGGAAACGUAGGAGGCGCAGCAGCAGCUCAUCUUCGAGCAGUUCUCGGUCUCGCUCCCCCUCAAAACGCAGACGUCGAGGGAAAUCUAGCUCCAGUAGCGACUCGAGUCCAUCUCCACGCCGACGACGGAACAGACAACGCAGCUCUAGCAGUCGCAGCAGGAGUCGGUCCUAGAUAGGAGAUGUUACGGAAGGGAUUUAUUGAUUUGAUGAUUUUAUGCCAUGGGCAUAAAUUAUGUAUAAAAUUUUAGAUAUGGAUUUUAAAAGAACCUUUUGAUGCAUCCAAGGACAAUUCUAUAAAUGAAUAUGUAUUAAGCAUAUAUUGUAUUAGUUCUACUGAAAGAAGUAGUGUGGUAAUUUUUACACAAGCCAUAUAUGAGUAGUGAAUUUAACUCACCUUUAGAAGAUGCAAUCUUGAAUUGUGAUUUUCAAAUAUUUGAGUUGUUUUAUUUGCUACAUGUAUAUCAAACUGUUGUUAUAAAGGGACUCGCUCUUGUUUUUGGACCAUUUUUUUUUUACCGUAAUGCAUCUGAGAACACUUAUAUCAGAAUUAUUUGACUUGUUGAUACCGAAAUAGCAGAUUAUUAGACAAUUAACGUAUUAAAUAAGUCUGGUUGUAGUAAGGAGCAAACCCAGGCCAGUAGUCAAGAUUAUUUUUUUUAAUAACACACCAAAACCACUUGGGAGCAAACAAAAGCUGGUACUGUCAAGAAAAAGAAGGGGAAAAAAGUGACACCAAAACCACUCACCCACAUGGACUCCUACAAUAGCGAAGGGUUAAUUUAACCUUUAACCCUUUUGUUCAAUCACAUUCAAAAUCAUUGACUUCAAAGACAAUAUUUGCGCAUAGAAAUACAUUUGUUGAAGGGUUCCAACCUUCAGUAUCUUAGUUUUAACACAUUUAAUCAUUUGCCACACUUUAUUUUGUCAUAGAAAAAAGUGCAUUUAACAAAACAUGAGCGAGUCCCUUUAAGCCAAUGUUAAUUAUUCUAUCGUUAACUGUGAAUGCAUUGAUUUGAUUUGAAAUGCCAGCGUCUCUGAACAUUUUCAUCAAUAAUGAUUUCAUUGGCCACACAUCAAGUUCUGUUGGGAAAAUUAAAAUACCCGGUUAUAAUCUAGAUUGCUAACAUUUUGUGAUCAUACAUUCCUGGCCAUCAUGAGUUUUGUAUGUCGUGAAUUCACAUUGUCAAUCAUAUUUAGAUGUAUUUGUUUUUAUCAGUUUACAUGUACACAUUUAAACUUUGUGGACAUGUAUAUAUAGUGUGAACUAUUAAUUAUUGUAUUGGUAGCUCCAAUGAAAAUGUGCUGUAAUACAUUUUAGUUUAUGCAGUUAAUCUGAGUAUGUGAGAUUUAAAUGACUUGAGGUUGUUGAUUUACAAAUCCAGAUCGAAGUCUUCUACACUAGGGUUUAUGCUAGAGUUUUAGAAGGGUCCUGAACCCACCCUACCCUCAUGGAGACCACUCUUCUGCCUUCUUUGAAUUAAGUGCUUAAGACAGUUAAAUAUUGUUUUUGUUUUAAUUAAAACUGACAAUAAGAUUAUAAGAACUACAUACAAACCACAUAUUUUGCCGUUGAACCUUAUAUUACUUCAAUUAAACAAAAUUCCUGACAUCUUCUGUCUAAUUUGUAAUGUUAAGUUCUGCUCAGCCAUACAAAUGUGUCCUUUUCACCCUUAGCACCCUGUCCACCCCCUGCAGCACCCUGUCCCCCUCCUGCAGCACCCUGUCCCCCCCUGCAGCACCCUGUCCACCCCCUGCAGCACCCUGUCCCCCCCUGCAGCACCCUGUCCCCCCCUGCAGCACCCUGUCCACCCCCUGCAGCACCCUGUCCACCCCCUGCAGCACCCUGUCCCCCCCUGCAGCACCCUGUCCCCCCCUGCAGCACCCUGUCCACCCCCUGCAGCACCCUGUCCCCCCCUGCAGCACCCUGUCCACCCCCUGCAGCACCCUGUCCCCCCCUGCAGCACCCUGUCCACCCCAUGCAGAAACCUGUCCCCCUCCUGCAGCACCUUGUCCACCCCCUGCAGCACCCUGUCCACCCCCUGCAGCACCCUGUCCACCCCCUGCAGCACCCUGUCCACCCCCUGCAGCACCCUGUCCAGCCCCUGCAGCACCCUGUCCACCCCCUGCAGCACCCUGUCCACCCCCUGCAGCAACCUGUCCACCCCCUGCAGCACCCUGUCCACCCCCUGCAGCACCCUGUCCACCCCCUGCAGCACCCUGUCCACCCCCUGCAGCACCCUGUCCACCCCCUGCAGCACCCUGUCCUUAAAACAAUAAACACAUCGUCUAUAAUUAUUAUUCUUUGUAUUAAACUUAUCUGGCAUACUGUUUUUAAUUCCUUUAACUUAAUAUAAUAAGUAGAAUCAUUUAAGAAUCGAAAAUGGAAAGUACUCCAUUAAUCAAAUAAAAUAUUAACCUUUGUUGGCUUUUUUAUUGCCUUUACAGUAUUUAAUAAUGAACGAAAUGUUUUAAGCCUAAUCCAUUUUAUUUUAUCAUCACAUCAAACUGUAUGAAAAUGAUUUUGUUAAAUUUUGUAAAACAGUUACACACUUGUCUUCAUUUUGUUGAGAUCUGUAUAAAUAGAACUUGGUUCUUAUAACAGUUGAAUGCAUUUAACUGAUAAGCCCAAGGGAUAAUUUCAAUGAAUACAUGUUAACUGCUUCCAAUUUCUUGACCAAAAUAUAUAACUUGUUCAUACCUGGGAGUAAGUCCCUACUAAUGUGAGUGUAUGGUCGAAUGAAAUAGAAUGUUUAGUGGAAUAAAUGGGAAAACAUUC